UUUUUCGGGAUCGAUUCGCGGCUGUCAAAUCGGUUGAAAAUCAGUUCAAAAUUCGCGUCCAUCGGCCGCGGCGGAAAAUGCCCGUUUCACAUGUCUUCCAUCAUCCAUUUUAUUAGUCAUUUUUAAAUCUCGCGCGUGUUCAUAUGGACAAUAACGACAACUGCCUUAUAGGAGAACCAGACGCCCUCAAUAUCUUUAAGACCCUUUAUCUGUUUCUACAAAACCACAAUUUCCCAAAAUCGGCUGAGACCCUCCUGGAAGAAUGGGGAAUGGUCCGGAGCGAUAUCGCCAAGAUCCCCAAUAAAUCCCUCUUUUUAGCAAAAUGCGAGUGCGACUCUAAAAAUCAGACCCAUUUAACGUGCAACUUGAAACGCAGUUGGGAGGAAACGGACGACACCCAUCUGUUCUACGUAUGCGACUGCGAACGGAAAGGACAAUGUUGCAAGCACCAAGGGGCGACGAACGGUCAUUUAAUGCUCAACGAUGUAAAACAACUCAAGUCCAAGUUCAUCGAGUUGCAAGAGGAACAUCAAAAGUUAAUCGCGGUAACAGGCGAACUGACCACCGCCCUACAAACCAACAUAAUCGGCCAAACUAAGAGCGUUUACACGGUCCUAAAUCGCUGCAAAACAAUCUAUCCCACCCUCUUUCAUUUCGAUGAGACCCCAGAAAACCACCCCGAAACAGAUUCUGACUCAGAUAUGCACCUGGAAGGGGUGAGAAGCGACUUCCUACAGUCACCACCUAAAAGUUCUUAUGUAGCCAGGUCAGUACAGUUUCCCGAACCAGACAUUCCGAAGCCUGCCCACCUUGAAAAGGAAACUCAGCAUUGCGGAGUGGAACCGUUAAAUCUCGAGGGGGCAUCCCAGGUCAAUAAGGCCCCACUUACCCCGGAAACUGUACGAUAUGUGCUAGAGAUGGUCUUCGAUAAGAUAUUUGAAAUUGAAAAGACCCAAAGUCCAUUAGUAGACCCCAAAAAUACAUCAACCUUAAGCAAAGAAAAUGUUGAGAAAAUUGUCGAGGAAGUCCUAAUGGAAACUGUGUCCUCGCCCUCUCCUUUGGGUGCGGGAGAGGGUGAACCCAUGAAGUCCAGGAUAGAAGACGAGAGGACAAGCAGGUUCUUCCAUGUGGAUUUUGUAAAAUUAAAAAAUGAUAUGAUACGUAGUGAUGAUGAAAAAAAGAUUCGAAUCUUGCAAGCUUUAAGAUGGAGGAUCACCAAAAACGAUAGUAUCACCAGGUCAAAAGUACUUGACUCUUAUAUAGCCAAUGACGUUUUAGACCUGCACAGCCCCAUAAGUAUUCCGGAACGUAAUCUUUUGGGUUAUGGCACUGACCAGUAUGUUCAGGAAGCUACUUGUAGGCUGAUUAACACCCUUGCCUCCUUAAAGCAAGGACGAGACUACUUGACAAUGGAAAAGAGACUGUUGCGAAGGGUUCUUAUAAAAAAAGUGAGGGAUGUAAGACACAUUAACGAGCCACUGAUAAGGAAUAUGAUGGUUGCAGCAGUUCAAAAAUUAUCUAUAAGGAAGCAGUGUCGCAUACAAAUGGUCCAUGAUGGGUUAUUUGAGGCACUUGUCGAUUACCUGGAUGAUUUUUUACCUAAAAUGUCCAAAUAUUGCUUGGAGUAUUGUUCGGCUUUGCUGAUGAAUCUGUGUUUGGUAGACGAGGCAAAAAUAAGGGCCACCAAAAACAUUAAUAAGAUCAUUGGCUUAUUAAAAAAAUGUCUGAACGCCGGAGAUAGUUGCUGCCUGCCCUACAUAAACGGGGUGAUGUUCAGCCUGUUUGAAAAGAAUGCGAUUGUGGAGGAAGCCAUGAGGCAACAGCUGGAUAAGCUCAUAAUCUAUCUGAUACAGGGUUCAGCCAAUGAGAACACGAAGAAGCAACUCGAGUUCGUACUCCAGUCGAGACUGUUCGGCAAAUCCGAGCCGAUUAUUCGGGACGCCGAUGAGGAUUCGAAGGAGGAAGUCGAUAUGUUGGAGAUCGAACUCGAUCAGGAGGAUUUCGUGACGAAAUUGCCCUCUGGUGAGGAGCUUCUGUACUUCUAUAAGACUGAUUUUACUGUGCAAGAUGACAACCCUGUGAUUGUACCAAUAAAUACCUCGAACGUCUCGCCCACCUCCGUCAUGUCAUUCAGUGAGGAAACGAAACGGUUCUACCACAAACCGACGUGUGAAAACGGGAUUUUUGAUGCCGAAAAGCACAAGAGUUUUAGAUUCGGUUCGAAUUCUCAAAACCUCAUAAGGAACUACAUGAAGAACAAGUUGCUGAACGGAAACCCCGGCCGGUUUCCCGCCACACCUUUAUGCUACAUGGAAAACUGCCAGAGAAUCGAAAAAGGUGGUGCGGUUACGUGUACGUGUUCCACAUGCCAACCGGGUCAGAGCCGGUACUCGUGCGGUUGCUACGACGCCAUUCGUCAGGAGGUCGACGACGUCACAGUCGACAUUCAUAGCGCGAGGAUACACCCUAAUACGGAAAUCAGGAAGAACAGAUGGUAAGCCGAAUAGUGGCUGCAAGGUGUGCGGGGAGCGCAAAUGCGCUUGCGCCUUCGAAUCGAGGCCCAAAAUAACCAGGACGCCGCCCAAAUAAAAACCGUUUAAUCAAUAAAAUGAUUUUUUUUUAAAUUAAA